AUGGGUAGGAGAAAGAUUAAGAUGGAGAAAGUGCAAGACACAAACACAAAGCAAGUUACCUUCUCGAAGCGUAGGCUGGGUUUGUUCAAGAAAGCGAGUGAGCUUGCGACGCUGUGCAACGCCGAGGUUGGUAUUGUUGUCUUUUCUCCAGGAAACAAACCUUAUUCCUUCGGGAAACCGAAUUUUGAUUUGAUUGCAGAACGGUUUAAGAAUGAAUUCGAAGAAGAAGAAGAAGCAGAUAGCUGUGAAACAUCAGGCUAUAGUAGAGGCAAGAGAGCUAGACAAGAGAAGAAGAUAUGUAAACGCCUCAACUCGAUCAUCGAAGAAGCUGAAGCUGAGAAGAAACAUGGAGAAGAUCUUCACAAGUGGCUUGAAUCUGCUCAACAAGAUAGGUUUAAUAAGCCCAUUGAGGAGCUUACUCUUGAGGAGCUCAAAGAAUUUGAAGCUAAGAUUCAAGAAACAAGGUGUGGGAUUCAAAGUAACAUUAAUCAUAUGCAGGCUUCGUCUUCUCUCAUGUUUCUCUCUAAGGAUAAUUAGCAAUUAUGCAAACGAGGAAUCAACUAGACCGAUUUGGAACUUUCAUUUUGCAUGUAUUAGUCGUUAUAGAUUUAUAUGGUAGAGAUGUAGCAGAUGGUUGGUACAAGUUUAUUGAUUGUAUCUUCCUCUUGAUGAUCGAUGGUUUGUAACUUUCGGUUGCAAAAUAUUAUUAUGAAGAUUUUAUCUUUU